GGGUUCGCUAGUGGCUGCUCUUCGAGGCGAGCACAGAGCCAUGCAAAUGCUCCAGCGUGGAGUUGGGAGCUUUGUGAAGUAGCCAGUAAAUCAGACCGCCUCCGCUAGGUGAAUAACGCGGUGGCAGCGGGCCACUCUGCUAGUGCAGUAGCUGCUAGGACCGAACUCCACACUGAGAAAGGGGCCAGUUUGCGGGUGCGGGUGCGGGUGCGUGAGCGCUCCCCAGCUCGCCUCUGUCCGCUGGGGAGCCCGCCGGCCCCACUGCAGCUGCCAAAAGGGGGGAAAAAUCAAGAGCUGCUCUUAAAAGAAGUUGCCCUUGCUGGUGCUCAGGGUAAAAAUAGAGGCGGCCGCUUGGAACGGCUUGGCCCUGACUCCAGGCAUCCCGCGAGCUGGGCUCGAGCAGCGCGUUCCGGCGUGAUCCCUGGAAGCUGCCAGCAGGUGUUGCUCAAGUGCCAAUACCAUGAAGAGGAACUCAGACAGCUCUUACCACAUGAUACAAGAGCCGGCUGGUGAGAGAGAAGGGACCAGAAAGAGAAUUUGCUGAAGAGGAGAAGGAAAAAAAAAAUCCAAAAAACCUGUGCGUGAGGGGGGAGGAAAAACAGGGCCUUUUUAAAAAAAAGGCAAUCACAACAACUUUUCCUGCCAGGAUGCCCUUGCUUUGGCUGAGAGGAUUUCUGUGGGCAAGUUGCUGGAUUAUAGUGAGGAGUUCCCCCACCCCAGGAUCCGAGGGGCACAGCGCAGCCCCCGACUGUCCGUCCUGUGCGCUGGCCACCCUCCCAAAGGAUGUACCCAACUCUCAGCCAGAGAUGGUGGAGGCCGUAAAGAAGCACAUUUUAAACAUGCUGCAUUUGAAGAAGAGACCCGAUGUCACCCAGCCGGUGCCCAAGGCGGCGCUUCUGAACGCGAUCAGAAAGCUUCAUGUGGGCAAAGUGGGGGAGAACGGGUAUGUGGAGAUUGAGGACGACAUUGGAAGGAGGGCAGAAAUGAAUGAACUUAUGGAGCAGACUUCGGAGAUCAUCACGUUUGCGGAAUCAGGCACAGCCAGGAAGACUCUGCACUUUGAGAUUUCCAAGGAAGGCAGCGACCUGUCUGUGGUGGAGCGUGCUGAAAUCUGGCUCUUCCUGAAAGUCCCCAAGGCCAACAGAACCAGGAGCAAAGUCACCAUCCGCCUCUUUCAGCAGCAGAAGCACCCACAGGGCAGCUUGGACACGGGGGAUGAGGCCGAGGAAGUAGGCUUAAAGGGGGAGAGGAGUGAACUGUUGCUAUCUGAGAAGGUGGUGGAUGCUCGGAAGAGCACCUGGCACAUCUUUCCUGUCUCCAGCAGCAUCCAGCGAUUGCUGGACCAGGGCAAGAGCUCCCUGGAUGUGCGGAUUGCCUGUGAGCAGUGCCAGGAGAGCGGCGCCAGCCUGGUGCUCCUGGGCAAGAAGAAGAAGAAAGAAGAGGACGGGGAUGGGAAGAAGAAGGAUGGAGGUGAAGGAGCAGCAGAUGAGGAGAAGGAGCAGUCACACAGACCUUUCCUCAUGCUGCAGGCUCGGCAGUCAGAAGACCACCCUCACCGCCGGCGAAGGCGGGGCCUGGAGUGUGACGGCAAGGUCAACAUCUGCUGUAAGAAACAGUUCUUUGUCAGCUUCAAGGACAUUGGCUGGAAUGACUGGAUCAUCGCUCCCUCGGGCUAUCAUGCCAACUACUGCGAGGGUGAGUGCCCGAGCCACAUAGCAGGCACGUCGGGGUCCUCACUGUCCUUUCACUCAACAGUCAUCAACCACUACCGCAUGCGGGGUCACAGCCCCUUUGCCAACCUCAAGUCGUGCUGUGUGCCCACCAAGCUGAGACCCAUGUCCAUGCUGUACUAUGACGAUGGGCAAAACAUCAUCAAAAAGGACAUUCAGAACAUGAUCGUGGAGGAGUGUGGGUGUUCCUAGAGUCACCCACCUGGGGCGGGGGGAAAGGGAACUAGGGUUGUCCAGAGAAGACAGUGGCAAAAUGAAGAAAAAAAAAAUUAAGGUUUCUGAGUUUAACAACCAGAAAAAAAUAGAAAUUAAAAAAC